UGAGCAAAGCUAUUUCCGGGAAUAGACAACAAUUAUGAUGCUGACUUUGUACGGACUUGCGCGCUUGCUUUCUUUUUUUCGUCUUAAGUCAUCCAUAGACAAAAGCUAAAGCUCUCAUCAGUCUUCAGAAACGCACGCAAGGCUUUAUGCUAUGGUCGAUUGAAAUUGGAUGGUGGUGUAUUAUAUAUUUUAUUUCAUUCCGUGAAUCUUUAUUUUAAAGAUUUAUUAAUAAAAGUCUAAGUAAAAUGGUGUUUUCUGGUCGGUAAUAGCUUCCGGGAAUAUUUUAGUGUUAAAAUAACUAAGUUAUGGCUAGUGAUUCGGACUGUGAAAGGACAGAGUUAUGUUAAUGUACUCCUCAUGUCACCGGGUUCCACCUAUGUACCUGGCCCUCGAAGACAUGCGGCGUAGGUAGAGAUGGUGAAGUGAGCGCGGCGAGAUGGUGCCGUGUGUGGUAGCUGCCCUGCUUCUGGCCACGUCCGCGCGCGCCCUCGACAUAUCUCAAUGCAUCGCGCCCCUGGGUAUGCAGAGCGGGCUAAUACCGGACAAGGACCUGAGCGCCAGCUCCUCGUUCAACGACGGGAAUGUGGGACCACAGAAUGGAAGGUUAAAUCAAGAGAUAAAAGGCGGCGCUUGGUGUCCCAAGUCCCAGAUCACGACGGAGUCGACCGAAUGGUUGGAGAUAGACCUUCGGUCCGUCCAUGUGAUCACGGGAGUGGGCACGCAGGGCCGCUUCGGCAACGGCCAGGGCGCGGAGUACGCGGAGGCCUACGUCAUCGAGUACUGGCGGCCUAAGCUUGGGAAGUGGGUGCGCUACCGCGGCUCGGACGAAAAGGAGAUAAUGCAGGGCAACACAAACACGUACUUGGAGAAGAAGAACCACCUAGACCCGCCGAUAUGGGCUCAAAGGAUCCGCGUCAUACCCUACAGCUUCCACCGGCGUACUGUCUGCAUGCGGGUCGAGCUCUAUGGCUGCUAUUGGAGCGUGGGCAUAGUAUCGUACAACAUGCCCAAAGGCGACAAGCGCAGCAACGGCGUGGAGCUGACGGACAUGAUCUACGACGGCACGUGGGGCGAGGAGCUGCGCGGCGGGCUCGGCCAGCUGGUCGACGGCAAGUUCGGCGGCGACGAGAUCCGCGAGGCCUCGCAGAACUCCGCCUGGGUCGGCUGGAGGAACGACACCCGCCCCAACCCGCCCGCCAUCGUGUUCGAGUUCGACAAAGUGCGCGAGUUCAGCGCCGUGCACCUUUAUUGUAACAACAAGUUCAUGAGGGAGGUUCAGGUGUUUUCGGAGGCGAUCAUAUCGUUCUCGAUCGGCGGCCACCACUUCCAAGACGAGCCCAUCCGCUACACGAACGUCGAAGACAACAUAUUCGAGAGCUCGCGCAACGUGAGCAUCAAGCUACACCACCGCAUCGGGAAGUGGGUCCGCAUCGAGCUGCGGUUCUCGUCGCGGUGGAUCCUGAUCAGUGAGGUCGUCUUUGACUCGGACGUCGCUCAAGGCAACUACACUCCCGAGAGCCAAAAACCAUCCAGCGGCAAGGAGAAAACUAAACUCAUACCGAGCAACCCCCAGAUCCCCAUAUCGACCGCCCACCAGGAGGACCCGCUGUACAUGGCCAUCGUGGUGGGGGUGCUGACGGCGUUGGUGAUACUCCUCGCCGUCGCCGUGUUCCUCAUCGUACACAGGCACAGACACAGAAAGUGCUUCGCGUCCCCCCUGGCGAAGACCGCCGUCUCCCAGAAGAGGGAGGACAGCUAUAGCCGCUGCGGGACCUCGUCGCACGUGUCGAUGUUGCCGGCCAAUAAGAUGAAUAUAGACUGCGCGUUAGAUGUUAAGUCCGACGAGUACCAGGAGCCCUAUCAGGCUCUCAAGUGCGCGCCGUAUUUUAGUUAUAGCACCGUGCUGCUAGAGAUGAAAGACUUUGUUAAGGAUUCCAAUACAGCUUUAUCAGAUAGCUCAAACUACGACUACGCAGUGCCGGAGCUGAGCUCGGCGCCGCUGCUGACGAAGCGGCGGCUCGGCGACAGCCUGUCGGACCGCGCCACCGAGGUGAUGGGCGAGCGGCUCGACCUCGACGUGGACGCGCGCCUCUCCGCCGCCGGCUCCGUCCGCUCCAAGCACAGCGCAAGGUCGGCGAGCCAACAGGAGGUGUUCAUAGACAUGAAGCGGAGACUGGAGACGACCAACGUGAUAGAGUUCCCGCGACAUCGGUUGCGUAUGAUCUCCAAACUAGCCGAAGGCGCCUUUGGCACGGUAUACGUGGCCGAGGCGGACGGUGUACCUGAAUACAACGGCACCAUAACCCCUGAGAAGCGACUGGUCGCCGUCAAAUUUCUGUGCCACGACGCGUCCGUUAAGGAGAGGGAAGAGUUCGAGCGCGACGUCCGUAUCCUGGCAGCCCUCUCGUCGCCGCACCUAGCCCGGGUGCUGGGCGCCUGUCGCUCGCCGCCUCUCGCCGUGGUGCUGGAGUACCUGGAGCUAGGCGACCUGUGCGCCCUCCUGCGGGCGGCGCCCCCUCCGCCUAGCGCCCUGCUACACAUGGCCACGCAGAUCGCUGCUGGAAUGCAGUAUUUGGAGUCGCUCAACUUCGUCCACCGCGACUUGGCGGCCAGGAACAUCCUUGUCGGCAAAGGGUACCAAGUCAAGAUCAGCGAUUUUGGCACCGACAACGAGGCUUACGCCUGUGACUAUUAUAAGGUGGAUGGCCGCAUACCCCUACCGCUGCGCUGGGCGGCGUGGGAGUCCGUUCUGCUGGGAAAAUACACGACCAAGAGCGACGUGUGGGCGUUCGCGGUCACCCUCCACGAGAUCUUCACCCUCUGCCGCCGCCGGCCCUACGAGCAUCUCACCGAGAACGAGGUCCUCGAGAAUCUGUCGCACCUGCAACUAGGCGACGGUAUGUUCGAGGUGUUGGCGCGGCCGGCGGGCUGCCCGCGCGACCUGUACGACCUGAUGCGCGCGUGCUGGCGGCGCGACGAGCUGGCGCGCCCCUCCUUCGCCGACCUGCACCUGCUGCUGCAGCGCACGGCCGCGUGAUACAUGUGCUAGAGGCCCGAGCUUGCACCGUCCGACAACAAGUGCGUUUUUACACUCUCUCUAUUAGUCCUUUGAGCCUCGCGGACGCGAUAUUGGGUCAAUGACAGUCAAAAUGCGAUGAGGUUAAAACCCACAGAUUAGGAUCGUACCCAGAAAUAUAUACUUUUUGGGUCUAUACAAUGUAAUUUUACCCACUUGAUUUUUUAUCAGUAAUAUUAGAUAAAUUCGCAAUACAUGAUACAAAUUUGAAACAUAAAUAGAACAAAUUAAAAAAUAUUGAAGGUUUUUUGUUACAAUGAUCUACAUAGUUCUUAAUUCCAUAACUAAGAAAUUAUUCUUCUUUUUUGACGAUGGUAUCGCCACCUGAGCUUAAUAUUGGUUCGUAUAUCCACAUUCUCCCCUGAGACGUUUAUUGGCUGACAAAUUUAAAUCUCUAGGACUCAAAAGAUUAAUAGGUAUAAGAGACAUUUGAGAAAAACGGACUUCGUGGCAUGACCCUGCGCAACGGCCUUAGAGCAAACGCUGCAUAGGUAUUAGAGGGCCCUCCCGGCGACUUGGUGAUCCGUUUACAAUGAAAAUGUCACACUACACACUGUGGCAAUAAAGGUCCACUCCCACCGAUCCAGCGGUUAUUCCGAGAAAAUAAUUGUAGAAAACGGAUAAAUUCUAAGAAAAUAUCAUGCCCCUGAAUUUGACGCUGUAGAAUAUUUCACUGGCCUGUCAAAUUGAAGAUACGAUUCUUUCAUAGACUUUAUAUCGCUUCCACUAUUAAUGUUUCUUUGAUUCGGAGUAAUGCUGAAACACUGAUGCUUUUCAACAUAUCGUGACGGUCUGUUUGAGCAACUCUCUCUUAGGGCUCAUUCAGUUGGUGCGAGAACUCGCAUGCGAGAACUCGCAUGCGAGUUUCAUUACAUUGCGGUAUUUGAUCAGUCAGCAGAAUUGGAUGUAACCUCAAUAGUCCGCAAUGUAACUAAACUCUCAUACGAGUGCGCCGCCUAAAUGGCCUACUCGUACGAUUAGCACGAAAAGGACUACUUUCAUAGAGGAACAACUAUAAACAACAUAUCCUGCACAAGGUUUAUUGGCUAUUGGAAAUUGAACUUUUGCUUAAGAUAGUUCGAGUUUAUAAAUAAGUCAGCUAUUUUAUUAUCAUGUUGGCUAUAGGAUGCAAGCGCUAUCGCCUAGUCGCAGAGCUUAGCAAACGUAGAUACAUGGUCAGCAAACUCGAAAAGAACGUCGGAAAAAAAGUUCGGUGUUUCCAAUUAAACGCAGGACAAACAGCCCACGUACGUAACGUAUGCAAUACUUUAUGACAAUCUGAUCCCAGAAAUUUGUAUGCUUGGAAACAUUGACCGUCACGCGUUGCGUUGCUUUUGACAAGUAUGUUUCCAAGCAUACACAUACACAUUUCUCGGUCAGAUUGACACAACGCAUUGCAUACCUACGUUGCUUAAUUCUUUAGCCAUAUACAUAGUCCCAAGACUAUGGGACAUCAAGGGAAUCAUGUUAAAAUUCAUGGUCUUCCUUUUAUUUCUGACUCUAUGUUAUCUAGCAAAAAAUAAUCCUUAUCAUGUAGCCUUUCGAUCGGCAUGAUAAACCUGCAGGGUAUUUUUUUUUCUCUUGUAGUGGGUUCCAUUCCCGGUUCAACCAUGUAAUUAUUUAAAAAUCUAUGAAUGCAGUUUAAAUUGUUUUUUUAAUUAAAAUAAUGUCUUCUUUCAGUAAAAUAUCCUAUCCACGAUAUUUAAGGUACUUUCCCUUGAUGUCCCAUAGUCUUGAGACGCCCUGUAUAUUAGAUACUAUUGCCAGAUUUUUGACUGGUAUAAAUAGCGCAUAGACCCAUCUUGCGGCGAUUACAUUACGACAUCAUCGAAUAGUGCAAGAUGGCUUGUUUUAUAUGAAUGUAAGUAUUGUACUUAACUCUGCAUCCCUCAUAAUGCUUAUUAAAGAGUUACUUAAGACUGGACCCCAAUAUGACUUAUUGUAAAUAAUUCUGAAGCAUAAUAUUUGACAAAUAUGACUGUGUUGAACGGUAAGGUUGUGUCAACUAGUUCAUAUGAAUUGUCACUUUGAUAGAUAUGAAUUAAGUUGAAUAUAAUUAAUUAAUUAUAUCUCGAGUAUCAAAUAAGAACUUGGUACUGUUCAUAUGAAUUUUGUCUUGUCGUAACGAGUACAUAAUUAUUCACUUGUGAUUGUAAGCAACCUUAAAUUAUUCUUCUUAGGGCAUUAACAAUUUUUUUGUUGUCUUUUUUAUUUUAAUCCAGAUCAAAUAUUCUGUAACGGCUUGUAUUGUACAGUCGUCAAAGAUACGUUUACAUUUUUCGCCUUAAUACAAAGGAAUAAGGUGCAAAAGUGUAAACAUAUCUUUGACGGCGAACGUCGACUGUACCUAGAGUAUAUUUUAAUUUACUGACGUCCUGCAAUAAAACGACGAAAAUCGAAGUUAUGGUGUGACAGACGGUGUUAUAUACAUCGUAUACAUGUCUUAUCAUACUGUCAAGUAAACAUACUGAUACAGACCGUCAGGCUUGCUGCUGACACAAGUGCAUAUAUAUGCACCUGCUAGGUUCAUGUAACGUCGCUACGGCGAUACGUAUGCAUUAAGGACGUAUCAAUUACGCUUUUGUAAGAAGUUCAUGUGAACUGUGUAUAGAAUCUACUAAAUUGUACCUUAAGCGAUACUGCAAAAAUCUUAUGAUAAACACUGCCUAAGAAUAUCCCUUAAUAAUGUGAAUCGUGACUUCAAAUUGUAUUUUACGUAUCUUUCUCGCACGCUACAUGAUCUCUUUUAAAAAUGUAUUGUUUUAUGUAAAUCGGACCUCACCGCAAGCAUUACACACGUUCUAGUCAAGUAAGCAAACUGUUAGUAUUAUUUUUAUACAAACCUUUUUUUUUAUUUUUAUCACAUUGUUUCGUGGCGGUCCUUUUUACUUUUUUUACACAAGUUUCAUCAUCUCAUCAUAAUUGUUAUUAAUUCACAAAUAGGUAAAUGAGUUUUGGUUCAAUAAAUAAUUGUUAGCAUAUUGAAGUGACGCUGUCUACGGUAUCCUGUGCAAUAACCUGGUUUAGUUAGAACGUAUCAGCUACGUUUUGACUCCUUUCAAAUGUAUGUACCUACAAUAUGAAGGGUCACUUCACUACGCUGUUAUUCUGUCAUUGUUCGUAUCAAUACGCAUAGACAAUAUAGGUAUAGAAGCAUUCAUAUGAAACGGUGUCGACGCUACUCUAGUACUACCCUUUCACAAGUGAGCUACGUAUAAUAGACGCAUAAUCCAGAUCUUCCUACACUUCCUGAGCUGUUGUCGUUUUAAACGUAACGUCUCCUCUAUACGAUUGUUUAUCCUUGAGUUCUGUAAACUUUUUUUAAAUACAUACUACCAUAAUUAUUAAAAAAAAAUCAGAUAUGAUAAUGAAAUGCAAUCAUAGUGUAUUGUUUGUACAGAAUUUGGGUACAAUAGAGUAUUCGUUUGUGUUGUUGGUCAGUGAAGAGCUGAUGUUAUAUGUAUUGGCAAAUCGAAUAUUAACGGUCUAAAUAUUUAUAGUUGUUUUCGGCCUAAAAUUCUCUAACGAGCAGUAGCGAAGGUAAUUGUUUUGAUAUUUUUUUUCAUGUUGGAAGUUUUUCACUAUUCAUUCUUGAUCCCAUAUCCGAUUUGUGUUCGCACAUGUUACCUACAGGUAGAAGUACUUUGUAGUUCCUUUAGGUACAGUCAUCAGCAAUAGUAUCUUACACAACUAGGACCGCAAAAAUAUGUGAUACGUUCUUAUUUGGAGCGCAAUAAGAGCGCGUCAUAUAUUUUUGCGGCCCUAGUUAUGUAAGAUACUAUUGCUGAUGACUGUACUAUGAUCUUAGCCAGAACCAAAGCGGGAAUCUUUGGUACAGCAAGCAGGGUUAGCAGGGUUACCUACUACUGAGUGAAUAUACUUGGUCAAGCAGAUCUUGUCAGUAGAAAAAGGCGGCAAAUUUGAAAAAUGUAGGCGCGAAGGGAGAUCGUCUCAUAGAAAAUUUGAAUUUCGCGCCUUUUUCUACUGACAAGAUUUGCUUGACCGUCUAUACUUCUCAUAUACAACCCUAACCAUCGAUCGUAUAGAGGACCCGUUACAUAUAAAGUUACCAAUUCUUAUAGUCAUUUAUUUUCAUAUAACUUAUAUCAACGUAAAAUGAUACAACGUAAUAUUAGCUAGUAAGUCAUAGAUCUGAUUCGAUAGAAUGAAAUAUUAGAUGUAAUGAUAGUCGAAAGUCUAUUUUCCGUAGUUUGCUUCGUCGAAGGCAGUUUUAGUGACAAUAUGAGGAUAGGUAUCGGUGCGAGGUAGAAUUCUAUUUAUGAUAAAAUGUUUUGUUAAGGGGCGGAUCUGGAGAUCAUUUAAAUGAUGUGUUUCUGUGCCUACGGCGGGAUCAUUCGUGUACGAAUCCGGCUAUGGUGUUGAACGAAUGAUCGAAACAAUACGGGCCUUCGCCGACUUGAGCGGGUGCGCGGACCGGGUAAACGAUAAAUAGUGCGGUUUUUACCCACGAUGGUACCCGCGAGCGUGUACCCUCUCCGUACACCCGCGCAAGUCGAUGAGAGGCCUACCGCGGAAACCGAAGUUCGCAAAUUGCGGAGAUCUUUCUCUUUUACUCUCAUUAAGACGUAAUUAGAGUGACGGAGAAAAAUGCCCGCAAUUGACGAACUUCCAUUUUUAGCGGUUAUACGUUAGGUGUAGAAACGCUUUAAGCUAUUGUGAGGGUUACUUAAUUUAAAACUGUUGCAUGUUGUCUCCUGAUCCGUCUCACUUUGUUCGGAUGCGCGCCCGGCGCCGGCAAUACUUUGAAUGAAAUUAUACAUCGAGUCACUUUUCACUAAUAAACAGCAAACGGCACUACUUUUUUUGUGUUUCGAAAAGUAUACGCGGCGCUUACGAGCAUCCGAACGCGGGCUCAAUAUUAUUAUGCUGUCUCCACACUGGCUAGUGUAAACUCAAGGCCAUUAUAAUGUAUACAUUUUUAACUUUCUACACCUUUGUGACCUUUAUCAUGGUACGGCGUGCCUCAUUCUGUCUAUAAUAAGAAUCUAUAACUAUCUCUUCGUACAUAAAAAUCAUAUUAAUCUACUAUACAGUAAAUAAAUGUUCAAGAAGUGGAAGAGUAACAACUAUGUAAAUUUGUUAUGCGUUUCGAUAAUGAAUGUUUAUGACGACCUACGUGACGGCACGCCAUUUCGCACGAAUACGCCGGUGUGGACAAGCGUUUAGUGUUAACUGUUAUUUUCGCUAUUUAUCGACAAGGCUUCACUGGGCCCUAGCACUUAGGCGUAAGACUUUAGUUGGCAAGUAGUGAGCGACACGAGUACUUAUCGUACACUAAAGGAACCAAUGUCUUAUAGAGUUAGGCUAAUCGAAUACAUAGAGGUCUAAUUAUAUUUAAGUAAGUAGAGCUACGGAUUAAGGUGUUUUGUUUGGCGGCUUACCGAACGCACCCCGUCUACCCGGAAACAAAGCUAGCAAGAGCUACAGUCUAAAAUCUAUUUUAAUAUUUCCGCACAAAGUGACCUGUUGUAGUAAUUCUCGUGUGUUGGUUGAAUUCUGGGCUGCGUACUUUGAUUCUUGUUGAAAUGACAAUAAUAUGAUUGGCCGACGGUGUAUUGGUUCAUGUGGUGUACCUACCUAAAUUUGAAAACAAUAAAUGCAGAUAUCACUUAAACCAAGCGCGAAAAAAGAAUGUCGUUAUCUUAUAUGACGUGUUUCAGCAGGUACUGUUAUUUAUUUACGAGAAUACGGAUGUAAGGAUCGUGUUUUGGUAUAUCCGGGUGGACGGGGCACGGGCAGGCGCCGCCCGCCGCGCGGCGACUAGAGACGUAAUGCUAGGCACUAAUAAUAAUGUACAAUAAAACACCCUCUCUGCCUUAGUGAUGCUAUUCUUACCCCUAAUGCUACGACGAUAUCACGUUAGAACGAAAUUUAUAAUGUAUCUUGUAAAUACGAAUUCUUAUAGCUGAUGUAAAUUAUUGAGCACUAUGGAAAACUUUAAUUCCUAACAAUGGUCCAAACUUCACUCGCUUUUUUAUUUGUACUAUACGAUUAUACAAUUUCUAUAUAGAUAAAUGAAAUAAUGAAAUUAGACUAGAUACAUCUUAUGCUUUAAUUUUUAUUUUAUAGAUGUAAAACAUGUAUUUGUCGGAAUGCUUAAUUUUCAUAAUCAAAGUUUUAUGAAAAAAGGUUGAUACCAAAUGCAGUAUUUUUAUUUUAUACUCUACAUCUUUGUACCCAAAUAAAAGCAAUAAUCUAUAAA